UUUGAAUCAUCUAGUUGCUGCUGACGUUCCGAAAUCAAAACAAAACAUUAUUUUUUGGAAAGAACCCUUUUUUGAAAGUAUCCUUAAGAAAAUCCCUAGAAAAUGGAUAUAUCUGUUACCUCCGGUAUUUAAUCAGAUAAUUAUCUUCAUUCUCGCAGAGAAUUUAUAUCGUUUUGUUCCUUAUCGUGAAAGAAACAAUUUCGCCAUUUGACAAUUCUUAUUGGAUUUUCCCUCAUUGUCGAUAUUCGUAACAAUAAACUUUUUAUUAUUCCCGGAAAUUUAUUAUAAAUUGGCAAAAAUAGUAACAAAAUUCAUCUCUAAAUAAAUGCUCACUUGCAAAGAACCCAAACCAAAAAAUUAUUGAGAGCAAAAUGCGGCUACAUCGACCAAAUCAGGCAGUUUAUUUGUUAAUUUUUGCAUUGUUAAUAUCCUGGGCUGCUGGAGCUGAAAAAGUUGAUGGUGACGAAGCACAGCAACAACAAAAUGUCAAUAUACCAGAGAAAACUGAUGAAAAAAUAAAACAAUCGCAGUCAAUACCAAAGACAGUGAAAAAAGAAUUGAAAGUACCAUUGCCAGAGUCUCAACGGCCCGAUGAUAUAUCCAAUAAUGAGGAGAAAUUAAAAACCACCAAUGAAUCAAAUGAAAAGAAGGAGCAACUGGCUCCUCAAGCAAUGCCAAAUGAAACCGAUAAGACCAUUGAUGCUGUCAAUGGUCUCAAAACAAAACAAACUAUAUCCACCAACUCCACAGUUGUCACCACCGACAAGAAAUCGCCAGCUAUAGUAUCAUCUACCUCGCCGUCCGUAUCACAACCGGCUGCAGCAACUUCUGAUGUCUUCUUUCAUCAAGAAGAAACUAUCCUGAGGAACAAUGAAGAAAUUUCCGAUUCUUUAAAGACUGGUUUCUACUUUUUUGCGGCCUUAAGCUUGAGCGCUAUAUUAUUUAUAAUCUUUAAAAUUUAUAGACUACGUUUGUCACGUGCCGAACGAAAAUACGGGGUACAAGGCGAUCGUUCAACUCAGGAACUUACACCACUACCCAUUGGCAUUGAGGAUGGACACAGCGACGAUGAAGAUCAAACUGUUUUCGAAAUCAAUCGUCAAAAUAUAAGAAUAUUAUGAAAUCCUUUUAUGCUAUCUUCCUUGAAGGGAAGAAAAUCUCAUAUAUUAGGCUUAAGCUAAUUCGAAAAUAAUUGGAUGUGCUAACUAAAAACAAAUAACUAACACGAUAUAUACUGUACUUUUACAGUUAUCUAAUUUUAAGCAUAUAAAUGUCUUCUGUUACAAGCAUGCAUUCAAACGA